AUGGCUGCUCCUAUCUCAACCAUUUCAGAGAGCAAGGAGCUCCGCGGCCUCAACUUGAUCGCAGCACAUUCGCAUAUCCGUGGCCUCGGCGUCGAUGCAGACACACUGCAGCCCAGGACCUCCUCCCAGGGCCUGGUUGGCCAGGAGAAAGCGAGGAAAGCGGCAGCAGUCAUCCUACAGAUGGUUAAAGAAGGAAAAAUCGCCGGCCGCGCAGUGCUCAUCGCCGGGCCUCCAAGCACGGGAAAGACUGCGAUCGCAAUGGGAAUGGCGCAAUCGUUGGGCGCCGAUGUGCCUUUUACCACGCUAGCUUCGUCUGAAAUAUUCUCCCUGGAGAUGUCGAAAACGGAAGCCCUGACUCAGGCCUUUCGCAAGUCCAUCGGUGUCAGGAUCAAGGAAGAGAGCGAGAUCAUCGAGGGUGAAGUGGUGGAGAUCCAGAUUGAUCGCAGUGUGACGGGGGGCAACAAACAAGGAAAGCUCACCAUCAAAACAACCGAUAUGGAGACGAUUUACGAUAUGGGCACGAAAAUGAUCGACUCGAUGACCAAAGAGCGCGUGAUGGCUGGUGAUGUUAUCUCCAUCGAUAAAUCCUCCGGCAAGAUUACCAAGCUGGGUCGUUCAUAUGCUCGCUCGAGAGACUACGAUGCCAUGGGUCCUGAUGCCAAAUUCGUCCAGUGCCCCGAAGGCGAGCUUCAAGUGCGCAAGGAGAUUGUGCACACUGUCAGUCUGCAUGAAAUUGAUGUCAUCAACUCUCGUACACAGGGCUUCCUUGCUCUGUUUUCUGGUGACACCGGUGAAAUCCGAAGCGAAGUCCGAGAUCAAAUCAACACCAAAGUGGCCGAGUGGAAAGAAGAAGGCAAAGCCGAGAUCAUCCCGGGUGUCUUGUUCAUUGAUGAAGUUCACAUGCUAGAUAUUGAAUGCUUCUCAUACGUCAACCGAGCAUUGGAGGCCGAGCUGGCCCCAAUCGUCAUCAUGGCCAGCAAUCGUGGCAACACACGCAUUCGGGGAACCACCUAUCGGUCGCCGCAUGGCCUGCCUCUCGACUUCCUAGACCGCGUGGUCAUCGUGAGCACUCAGCCUUACACAUCUGACGAAAUACGCCAAAUUCUAGCAAUCCGAGCACAAGAGGAAGAAGUUGAUCUGUUGCCUGAUGCCUUGGCCUUGCUGACCAAGAUUGGUCAAGAGUCUGGCUUGCGCUACGCUAGCAACAUCAUCACAACCUCACAGUUGCUCAGUCAAAAGCGAAAGGCUAAAGAGGUUGGCAUCGAUGACAUCCAGCGCAGCUUCCGACUAUUCUACGACCCUGCCAGAAGCGUCAAGUUUGUGGCCGACUUUGAGAAGCAGUUUAUUAGUCAGGAUGGCGCUGUCAAUCUCUCAUACGCUAAUGGGGAUGCGAUGGAACUCUCGUAA